AUGAACUUUGUUUGGUUUCUUGAUAGACUGCAGCUCCACACCAUUUGUCCAGUAUGCAACUUCAGAAAGCAUUUUGAACAGCACCAUGUUGCAGCUGCCAUAGACUCUGAGAUCGGAGCGCCUGAGGUCCGCAGUUCGCUGGCAACGCCCAACAGUGCAGCGCCCAAGCCUCGCUUGCCAGAACCCAACGGAGUUGCAGAUACGCGUACUUCAGCGGGAAUGGCGCUGCCGAUUCGCAGCCGCAGUGACACAGGCAGCAGCCUAACUUUGCCAAUCAAAGGCAGAAGUGUCAGCGAAAUUGUUUCUGAGACGACAGAAAAGCGGUCAGCUUCUCAUGGCUUGGCAUUGCCCAUCAAGGGUCGAAGUGCCAGUGAAUGUGAAGACAAACGGCCUUCUAUGGGCCUUGCGCUGCCCAUCCGGAGCCGAAGUAGCCUGGAGCCAGGCCGAGCUGAGCUGCCAAUCACUGGACUCGCUGGUCGAUCAGUGGUAGCCCCAGCUUCAGCUUCAAGUUCCCUGGCGGAGCGAAGAGUCUCGGAGCCUGUAGGCCGCUGGGAGAACCCGACUGCGGCGAAUUGCGGGGCUGCGCUCUUCAACUGCGUCUUACGUGGCGAUUGGGAGGAGGAUAACGAUGACAGCACGCCCAAACGCCAGAUGACAAAGGCGAAAUCGGAUCCACGGGUGCCCAACAACGGCACAGGGGAUGACACCCCUGUUUCAUCCACUCACAAGCGGAUGAGCUCGUCAGUUCAAUACAAAGGCUUCAUCUCGCAACACAGCUCUGACAUCUCCGUCUACGAUCGCUACGAUUUUGGAGAGCUUUUGGGAGAGGGUGCUGCUGGGUCUACUUGGGAGGCUUUUCCUCGAGUCCGAGAGAGGAGAAGUGGCACACCUGCACGGCGCCUGAGUGGCAAGGAUGGUGCCCGGGCCAUCAAAAAGGUGCCCAAGCGUCGGGUUAGCAACUCCACCGAGAGCUUUCUGGCGGAAGUGGAGGUGCUCAAACAACUGGACCAUCCCAACAUUUGCAAGCUCUACGAAGUCUUUGAGGAUGAUGACAACAUUUUCUUGGUCAUGGACCUGUGUCGCGGCGGCGAGCUGUUUGACCGAAUCGCCGAAGGAGACUUAGGCGGCGAAGCUCAGGUGGCCAAGCUCAUUCGGCAGCUUUCUCAUGCUGUCAGGUACUGCCACGACCGUGGUAUCAUCCACCGGGACAUCAAACCCGAGAACAUUCUCUUCGUGUCAAGCGAUUCUGACGCACCAGCGAAGCUGAUUGACUUCGGUAUUGCUUGUCAUUUCAAACAGACGGAGCACCGAAAAGACGAAAAGGGCACUGAGGCAUAUUUGGCGCCAGAAGUGAAGAACAACAGUUCUUACUCGGAGAAAUGCGAUCUGUGGUCCCUUGGCGUGCUGCUCUAUGCCAUGCUUAGCGGCUCGCUGCCCUUCAAAUCUGCUGCGGCCGCCAGGAAAGGCGACUUCUCGCUGGAGGCCGAGGAAUGGUACAGCAUUUCGCCUGAAGCCAAGGACUUGAUCCGGCAGCUACUGGUCGUGGAGCCAGUGGACCGUCUGUCCGCGGCCAAGGUGCUGGAACAUCCCUGGGUCCGGGUGACUAAAUUCAGCAUGGAAGAAGAGACCGUGCCAGCACAGGUGACCGUUCGACUCAAACGCUACCAGAGCACAUCCUACUUCAGAAGGAUUCUUCUGAUGGUGGUGGCGAGACAACUCGGAGCGAAUGAUUUGCCAGAGAUCUACAGUGCAUUUAAGGCCAUGGAUACCAAUGGAGAUGGCUCACUCUCCCUGGAGGAAUUUCGGAAGAGCCUUUCGAACGGUUCAGGCAGUCCAUCUCCAGAGGCACACACUGAUCAUACUGUGACCGAGACAGCGGAGCUCUCGGAACUCUUUGAGACGCUGGACGCUGACCGGAGCGGGGCCAUUGAUUACAGCGAGUUUAUGGCAGCUGCAAUCGACCGGAAGAUCUUCUUCAGAGAGGAUUUGUGCCUACAGGUGUUUGGUGCGUUGGACCGUGAUGCAAGCGGUACCAUCUCUAUACAGGAGCUCUUUCAGCUUUUGAAGGCAGCAGAUCCGGAGGACCUCUUGGGGAAUGAGCUGCGGGAUGAGGUCAUGGAACUUCUAGACCGUUACGACAGUGAUCGUGAUGGAGAGCUGAACUUUAAAGAGUUUAUGGCUUUGCUGACGCAGAACAGGGAGGGCUCCCCGCCGAAGCGGCCGCUGCAAAAGCGGGGCUCACAGACCACGGAUUCGCUGCUCAUGAAAUUUCCCUUCUGA